CCUAAAGUCUCCACUAGAAAUGGAAUUGUACAGAUUUAAAUUCUCAAUGCCCAAUCAAAACCCAGUACUUCACGAAAUUAAAAUGGACUCGACUGCACUUGAUUAGUGUUUAAAACUGGCCUCUAUUUAUAUCCACCAUACCCAAUGCCCGUCAAGUCCCCCAAAUUAGGGUUUUCGGUUCUUUCUCUUCCCUAUUUUUUUUGGACCUCUGAUCGAAAAUCAACAAAACCCUUCUCCAAGAUCUGAUCAUUUCACCAUGACAGGGAAGGCGAAGCCGAAGAAGCACACAGCCAAGGAAAUUGCCGCGAAGAUCGAUGCGGCAACCACCAACCGCGGAGGCGGAAAGGCUGGCAUGGCCGAUCGCAUCGGCAUCGAGAAAGGUGGUCACGCAAAGUACGAGUGUCCGCACUGCAAGACAACCGCACCUGAUUUGAAAUCGAUGCAGAUUCAUCACGAGGCUCGACAUCCGAAGCUCCCAUACGAAGAGGAGAAGCUUGUAAAUCGUCACGCCGCCCUUGCCGUUGAGACUUCUAAGGGUCGCCCCGGUAUUCGUGGUAGUCUCAAGAAGUAAAUUUGAUUGUGGGUCUUAUCUAUAAAUAUAUUGUGUCAAAAAAAGGGUAUUCACUAUAUGGGUGUGGGUGCCGUAGGGUUCAGUUGUUUGGGCUAUUGGGUCUCUCUUUGUUUGUUUCUCUGGUGUCUCUGUUUAGCCGGUACUAGUAAUUGUUAAGAACAAAGGCCAAAAAGGGGUUUGGUUGAAUCUUCCCCUUUUUGCAAUUUAUGGUCAUCUUUCAUGUAUAUUAUAAUCAUUAUCCUUUUCUAUGAAUAUGACGAUAAAUUAUCAGCCGGCUCAUCUUAUUAUGCCA